UUGGCGCUCCUUGGCGCAUGCGCUGUGUGCUGCCUCGUUGAACUGCAUGCAUACGCAGAGGACGCUUGGAGUGGAAGCGGCAUGGAGCGGCUUUUCCUCGCCUCGCUGCUCCUGACAGCCGCCGGGAGGGUCCGGGCCUCGGACGCCGAAUCUUUCCUGUGCACCAUCGGGAGCUUCCAGUGCGAGAGUGACGGUGCGCAGGUGCCUCUGUGCCUGAGGUGUGACGGGAAGGCAGACUGUAGUGACGAGAGUGAUGAGAACGGCUGCCAAGCUGGGACAGUCUCGUGCGGACGCCACGGGCGGCAGUGUGGCAGCGGAGGCCCUUGCCUGCCCUUGGAACGGAUCUGCGAUGGCCGCAGCAAUUGCCCGGACGGUUCCGACGAGUCGCUGGAUGCCUGCGGGCCCCAGUUGGCCUGGACUUUGCCAGCCUGCCGAAAGGAGGAGUUCCGAUGUGCGCCGGGAACCGAGUGUUUCCCGCUGACAUGGGUGUGCGAUGGCCAUUCCGAUUGUCUGGACAAGCGGGAUGAACUGGGCUGUGGAUUGGAGUCUCCGGUGAUCCCACAAACCACCCAAACAGAUGGUGAGGCUGUCCCUGGAAACGUGAUGCCUGAGGAUUUGAUGCUCCUUGCCGUUGUCGCACUCCUGGCCAUAGUGGUAGCUGCCGUUUGCAUCUUGGUGUGGAGGAAUGCUAAAAUGAAUCAUCUUACAAGCAACGGCCGCUGUGAAGGCUCAGAGCAGCUGGUGUUAAAGCAGCAGCCGUGAGAUUCCCCUCCCUUCAAGAGCUGCCCUGUCGUCUUACGAAUGGUUUCUCUUUCAACACAUCCCCCCCACAAAGAAGGUCCUGUCUACAGCCAAGGUUUUUAUCCCACCAGCUCCGUGAGAGUCCCUCUUGCUGUUCCCUGCAACCCCGGCCUUUCACGCCAUACUUCGGCAAGUGACUUCAGUCAAGAACUUGAGAUGCACAUCAAAGACAAAAGGAUUGCGUCUUCUUCGUGUGGCUGGAGGGCGGGGACGAUGACUCCCCAUUGCUGGCCACGAGGGGACUAUGUAGAAGCGACGACAGGGUCCUUCAAGAUGGUGGGAUGUUUUGGAGGCUGCUGCCACAGUGUGCCUUGAGGCUCCCUCCCCUCCCUUGGUGAACACCGCUUGUGUCUUGCGUCCCUUUUUCAUUUCAGUUCUUGGUUCACAACAUUUCAUGUGUGAUGCCCCAAACCACAGCAUGCAUUUAAAGCAGUAUUGUACUACGUUAAAACAGUCCUCGCUUUCCCCCAAAGAAUCCUGGGAACCGUAGUUUGUCAAGGGUGCUGAGAGUUAAGAGGAAAUCCCUCCCAUUCUCCUCACAGAGAUACAAUUUGUAGAGUGGUUCAAAUGUUAGUCUCUUUUCUGUGGGGAUUGUAGCUCUAUGAGUGGAAACAGGGUCUCCUAACAACUGUCACCACCCUUCACAAACUACUCUUCCCAGGAUCCUUUGGGGGAAGCCGGGACCGUUCAAAGUGGUAUGAUAAUACUUUGAACAUAUAGUACAGAUGGGCCCAAAGUCUCCUUCAGGAUGAAUGAUUCCCGUAAUUCAUGUGUGGUGGGUUUUUUUUCAUUUUCUCAUUAGCAACAUUGACAACUCUGUCCUUUUUUAGAUGGCAAAUAAAUGUUGCAUCUCAUCGUCUCGGUAUCCCACAUAUUUAUUUCUGUACUCUGGCCCUCUUGAUCUCCUAUAUUUACAGCAGUUGCGGGGACCCUGUGUCUUGGCCGCUACAGCUAAGAAACAGAGGCAAGGCUCAAAACGGUAAUGGAAAAUGUAGAUAGCAUGAAUAAAAUAGCAAAUUAUCCAAUGUA